CGCAGCUGCGCUGCCGGCGCCCCGCACAACCGGCGCCCCCUUCUCCUGCGGGCUUCUUUUAAGCGCUGCGCCGCGGCUGCAGGUCCCGGGUCUUCUCUUCCGACACCAUCCCGACGUGCUUCUCCUUCCCCUCUCGCUUGCCGAGCCAGUUUGCAACCUCCGAAGGAAGCGCGCUUUCACUGCAAAGCCCCGCCGCGCUCCUUGGAGAGGAGGAGGACGCGUUUCCCAGGACGCAGGCAGAGAGCAUCACGCUCUUAAUCCGGCGAACAGUGCCAGAAAUUCCCCGGGCGCGUUUUGCGACAGGCGCAGGUCCAGUUGUGGCCACGUAGAGCUCUCUACCAGGUUGGCAACUGACAUCUCCAUCUUGCUGGCCUCUCCAGCUUUCUUAAGCAGGAACCAUGUCUGCUGUGUGGCUACAGGUUGGACAGUGUGGCAACCAGAUUGGACAGGAAUGGUGGCAAAUUGUUACCGGCACAAGUAACCGAGAAGCUGACAUUUACCCGUUCUGCUCUCCGGAUGGCCACCUGAGCGCCAUCUGUGUGGACAGUGAGCCCAAAGUGGUGAGGAAGCUACAGAAACAAAUCAAAAGAGGGGUAUUCAGAGAGUCCAAUCUCAUCAUGGGGAAGCAGGGACGAGGCAACAACUGGGCUUAUGGUUAUCAUGGCGUCCGUUCGGAGAGCGAUCAGAGCUUGUGCAGCCGGACAAUGGAGAGUCUGCGGAAAGAGGCAGAGAAAAGGGAUUUCUACGGUGGAACUGUGCUGUUCCACAGCCUCAGUGGGGGCACAGGAGCUGGGCUGAGUUCCCGGUUCUGCGAAGCCAUCCGAGAAGAGUACCCCCCCGGCCACAUCCUGUCUGUCUCGGUGGCACCACACCAAGCUGGCGAGAGCCCUCUGCAGCACUACAACGCCCUGCUGUGCCUUUCAUGGCUCCAGAGGUAUGCAGACGGGGUCCUUCUGUUUCACAACGACGAGGUGUUGAAGCGGGCAGCCGCUCCCCUGCCGAGGAAGCACCUUCCUGAAGCCCCGUGUCAAGUCUCCCUCGCUUCCAUGAAUGCUUGCAUCGCUUCCUGCCUCGCUGGGCUUCUCUGCCCGCUCAAGAUUUUCACAUCGCAAAGUGGGUUUAGCAUGGGGAUGGAGCCCUGGGAGCUGCUGAGAACCGUCUGCCCCGUGCCCGCCUUCAAGUUCCUCCACACGGCUCAAGCCAGCACAAGGGGGACGGUGUUUUGGGACAGUCUGGCGUCUUCCGUGCUGCAGCCGCUGCCUCGUCAGUCUCUUGCUGGAAAUCCUCACCAGAGCACAGCCGUGCUAGCCGUGGCCCGCGGCCCCCGGGAAGACGCCUUUCUCGCGAACCCCGGUUUGGUCCUGAGGAAGCUGAGGCAAGGCUACCGCUGCGUUUCGUGGAACCCCUUCGCUGCUACUUACUGGACCGAUGCUGCGAGCUUUGUGGCUCCCGGCCGGCACAGCUUGACCGUCUGUGCCAACCACAGCAGCUCAGCUGACCUCCUGCAGCGGGUGGAGCAGCGGGCAAGGGCCAUGUACGAGAGCCACGCUUUCCUGCACUGGUACUGGAGGCACGGCUGCGAGGAAGGGGAUUUUGAGCAGGCCUUUGAGACGGUGCGCUCCGUCCUGGGAGAUUACAGCCACCUCGAGGAGUGAUCGCGGUAGAUGCUGGACCUCCAACAGAGCAACUCAUAACACUUGGGAGGAGCAGGGCCCAAGGAAAUAACGGGCCGACUCUCGUUAUGACUGUGCCACCCCCCGCAAUCCAUACCUGAACACACCCCAGGGUCAGCAUGCCUGUGUGACCGUGUCAAACAGGGUUUCCCAAACUUUGCUGGUUUUGGACUACAAUUCCCACCAUCCCUGACUACUGGUCCUGCUAGCUAGGGAUGAUGGGAGUUGUAGUCCAAAAGCUGCGGGAGACCAAGUUUGGGAAACGGUGGUGUAAAAGGGCCUGGCUCUGGCUCACAAAUGUAUACAUGCAAUUCCUUUUACGGGCGCUCUGCCCCACUCAGGAAUGCUUUGGGGAAUGACUCUCGUGGGAAGGUCAGAAUGAAUCCUCUGCCUAAAGUUCUCGGGACACUUCCUGGACAUCAGCUCCCAUGAGCCCCAUUCAGCAUGGCUAUUGGUCAAGGAUGAUGGGAACUGCAGUCCAGUGACAUUCGAAGAGCAUCCGGAGCCUCAUCCCUCUCUUUGAGCAAGGCCUGUCCAUGGGGGAUUUCCUAAACCUAGAGCCCUGCCUGCCGACUUUCCAUGAAAGAAACAUGUGUCCCUUUUGCGAUGGGCUCCCAGAGAGUGUCCCACCACCCAGAACGUUCAUGCUGGAAAGCUUGAAUUUUAAUAAAUUCCAAAGAACUUUAGCAUCUAGCACAGUGCCGGACAGUUGCUAUACAACAGGCAGGAGAAUCAUUCAGUGGUCCGCAAAGACCCUCAGCAACUUUCAGCAAGUGGUCCCAGGGAGAAAAGGUUUGGAAACCAAUGCUCUGUGCUUUGAAAGCUCCAGCAACGUCCCUUAGUAGGAGAUCCUUAGUGUGCAUAGGGCAGCCUUUGCCCCCCACCCCACCCCACCCCUCUCCAGAUGUUUACCACUGCAACUCCCAAAAGGCCAGCACAAAAGGGUGCACUGUGGGUGCCAGGGGAGACCUCUGUGGGUGCGGCCAGGCACUAUUUGGGGGAGCUCUGUUCUAAUCGAUGGGUACAGAGAGAAGCACACGCAGAGAGGUGGCAGCCCCCUCAUGCUGCGGUGAAGGCUCUCCCUGCCCAUCACCCUCCACCCUCCCAUCUUUCAGGGGCACAGGAGGAGCAAGUGUCGAGGUCCUGUCAAGACCUUUGCUGUUCAAGAGGAAGGUCUGCUCCAAGAGCAAUCACAGGCAAUGUCGGGUCAUCCCUUCAUCGAACUACCUCUCCAAACAGUCCACGGUACUGAAAAAUGAGCUGCUUAAUGGAAUUUGGAGACUUGAGUCCCCUGUUAUGGACUUUCACUGAAACGUAGGCUAUCCCCUGAAACGGGUACCCUGCUCUCUUCUGAAGCCCUUGGCCGCUGGGAGGAAAUUCCUCUACAAAGAUGGCACUAGGAGCAUGUAGGACAAAAGGAUGCAGUGCUAAACAAAACUGCCCAGGUAAAUUCCUCUUUAGAGGGGAAUUGGCUCCAUCCUUGAGAACUGUGUGAGUGAAGCCCUCUUCUUCCUCUCUCCUCCUAUCAUCAGCCUCAAGCAGGAAAGGAGGGGAGGUUUCCUAGCUCAGCCUUCCCCAACUACAACUCCCAGCAUCCCUUUCUCAUUGAGGGAUCCUGGGUUCGUUGCAAUACCUUACGAGAACAUCCAAAUUAAUCGAGUAAGCCUUACAGUCCUGUUUUUAUUUUGCGGGGAGAGAAUCGGUGAGAGGCUAGCUUGAGAGCCUUUCCUCCCACCAACAAAUCUUCAUUUGCACCUCCCUCAGGGUCUUCUUCCGACACUUUCAGCAAAGGUUAAGUUUUCUCUCACUAAUUUAUUACCAAUCUCUGUGAAUACCAUUUGGUGAAAUGUACAAGUGUUAUUAACAAUGUAGAUUCCCUAGACGGUUGUUAUACUAUCUGAAAACAAAACAUAUUUUGAUGCGCUCUGAGGUCUAUUUCUUUAGUUCCACCUGUAAGAAAUAAGACCCUGCGUGUUUUGGCUCUGCUACACGAUGCUGAGGACGGAGGGGGGCUUGUUCUUCACCGCAGCUUGGACGGAUCCGGGCUUCUUCCUCAUUUGCUCAAGGGUAGACAUGGCUCCAGCGUAUUUGUGCUUUCAAACAGAGAAAGAGACGGGGCUGUUAUUCCUGGCAUUCUUGGGGGGGGGGGGCCUGCAAGCACUCUUCCAGAAAAAAAUGCAUUGAAAUAAGAGGGAUGCGAGAUCUUGCCACCCAGAGGUGGCUUUUCAGAGCCAUGAUAAUCUUGGCUUUUGGUUAAAACAAAAUCUAUUUAAGCCUCCAGCCCAUGUGGGGUUAUAGCAGGUUUCUUGUCAAGGCUUGGAGACUUACAGUAAUUUUGGAUGGGGUGCUCAGUGAUCAAAAUUCCCACUCUGCUCCGUUCCUCCUAGGCCUUUUCUUCCCAUCUCUUUUAAUACUCAAACUUUCCCCACCCCAACCUUGACGUAAGUUGUAAAAAUAGAUUCAGCAUUAGGUCAAACCAAUAGUUCAAACAAGCACGAACUUUUUACAGGCCUCUUCCAUGAGACCAAGUGAGUAUUUAUAGAGUGCUGAAGUGCAGAACGAGCUCCUCUGCGUCUGUUUUCGGUCUCAGCCUGGCCUAUUUCUGCAGGCAAAAGGCUGCCGAUCCAGGUGCCGUGUUGCAUAUGACAGAAUUAUUGCAGGUUCCAUUGUCCAAUAAUCAUUUCUAGGAGCGGCAGCAGACUCUGUUUUGUCUGCUUACUAUUCUAGCAAAGCGCUUGCCACUUUCGGCGGGCCACGUUUCAGGUGAACGAGGGGAGAGGCCUGCACCGUGUUAACAUUCUUCUGGAAUUACUGGGACAGAACUCAGUUUUGCAAGCUGAGAGCCAGCAGCAACAUCCCACCCUCUGGAUUCUAACCAGCAGCAACUGGUAAGCUUUCGCCUGCACAAUUGGAUGAGACCAAAACGGAAGAUGAACAUCCAAGAACCCGUCCCACCUUUUUACACACCGGUUGCUCUUCUUUGUGCGGCAAAAGGUUCUGCAAAAUAUGAAACCUUUAAAUGCCUUUAUAUUCCUGCUCGGGUCUAAUAAGAAACAUCGUUUUGUUUAUUUUGCUUCUGUAAGUUCAACACAGGCACCAACUUUGAUCUGAUACAGGGCAUUAACAGGGGACGGUGAUAAGAGGCUAGCUGCUGGAUCAGGCCAAAGAUCCAUUCAGUCUCACAGCGGUUAGAAUUCCCGCCCUGCUCUGCUGUGUUGCCCCAGAUGCCCCCAAGAGAAACCUAGAAUCUCUACUUCCCUGGAAAGCAAAGAAUACAAGAGCUGCCCGGCUGGAUCAGACCAAGGGUCCAUCUGUUGUAAAAUAUUAGCCCCAGCUAGAUGCCUCUGGGAAACUCAGAAAGAGGAGCUAAAAAGAUAAUGGCCGUCUCCUGAUUCCCUUCAGCAUCUGAUAUAGAACCAAUGGAACCUAGAGGUUCACGGUUUUACCUUCCGG